GCAAAAUGAAAUUUAUUUGAAUUUCAUUUCCCUCCAUUUUAUUUUUCCACCCUUUCCCAAUUCAUACUACACUCAUCUUUAAAGCCUGUGUCUUUAAAGCCGAAUGGUAAUAAAAAAAAAAAAUAGUAUAGUUUCAGCCUUUGAGGUCCUUAGAAAGAAAAAUAGUAAUAGUACUUAUUUGGGGCAAAUUUAUGUUGUAUUGCAGAAAAUUCCUAUAGGUUUCUUGAAGUAUCUGAAGGGACACGACCAUUUUAAACAUGCAAUACUGAAAAAGGCUGAUAAGAAAUGGCUUGUGAAGGUGAAUGGCCAUAAAUUCGAAUCGGGUUGGGCUGAAUUUGUACAACAACAUGAUUUGCAGUUGGGAAAUAUAUUGGUGUUUAGACAUGAAGGAAACAUGGAAUUUGAGGUUUCUGUCUUUGAUUCAAGUCAUUGUGACAGAGAAUAUGCUGAGUAUAUGCAAGAAGAAGAAGAAGAAACCAAUAAUGUUCAAGAGACUUCCCAUAAAUUUGCAUUCAAAGAAAAACCAAGCCCCAACAUCAAGUUGUCAAAAAGGGCUUCUUCCCAUGUAGAAGCUGCUACUCAUAACAAGUCUUUUGGUCAUUCUCGGUUUGAAUACACUAUUACAGAAUAUUGCCUUUCGAGUUAUCGCUUGUUCCUUCCUCAACAAUUCACAUAUGCAAAUGGUCUCACCAAUAAGAAGUGUGGUUUGAUUAUAAGAGAUGAAAGUCAAAGGUCAUGGAAUUUAAAGCUAAUUUGUUGGGAAACUCGAGCCUAUAUUGGAGGUGGAUGGCUCAAAUUCAUUGCUGAUAAUUGCUUAAAGGAGGGAGAUCGUAUUAUGUUUGAGGUUGUUACUGAUGGAGAGACACCAAUAUGGAAAUUUCAAGUUACUAAUAGAAAAACUCCAUUGCAAAAGUUUCAAGGCAAGUUUUCUCAUCUAACCAAAGCAGACAUUAUGAAAAAGCCCUCAAACACGAGUCUUCUCAAUGCACAAGUAGCUACUUCAACUACUGGUGAUGGUGAUCAUCCUUAUUUCAUUUCAACCGUUCAACCUUAUUGCUUCAGAAAGAAAAUUUUGUAUCUUCCACUGGAUUUUGCAAAGUCAAAUGGGUUGAUGAAUAGAAAGUGUGAGAUGAUUCUGAAAGAUGAAGCACAGAGAUGUUGGUCAGUGUGGCUUGGGAGACUUGAUUCACAUCAUUUUGGAAUUAUAAGUGGAUGGAAAAAAUUCAGCAAAGCAAAUGGACUCCAAGUAGGAGAUUCUUACAAGUUUGAACUCAUCAAGAAUGGGGAAAUACCUAUAGCACAUUUCCAUUGUAAGUUUUCUUUCAGUUCUAAUGUACUUUUGUCGAGUUUAAGUUCUAUGCUCCGAUGGCGCAAAUAUUCUGGAAAGUUUGCAAAGAGAGAGGAACGUAGAAGCAAGUUGACUAAAAAGAAAACUGGUUUGGCAACAGGCUGUCCACCUACCCUGUCUCAAGAGAAGAGUGGAGUGUUAAAAUCACCACACCAAAUUGGAGAGGAAGCUGCAUCAAACGGCUCCACGUUUACCAAACGUGGAGAUGGUUCGGAGUCUGCUACUGCUAUAGUUUUAUCGUGUUCAGCUUAA